UGGUCGAUGCUGUCAUUAUGAUACAUCCAUCCACCCACAGAGUACAUUGUAUAUACUGAUCAAUAUAUUUAUCAUUGUACAAAUUAUACGACUCGAAUUAAAAUUAUAAGCAAAGGCAGAUAAUUUUAUAAAAUGAAAAUGCUGUCCAAUACCAUCGAAGAAGAUUGUUCCAUAAAAAAUGUUUGGAAUCACAAUCUACACGAAGAGUUUCAUGUUAUUCGAGGGGUGGUACAGAAGUUUCACUGGGUGGCCAUGGAUACUGAAUUUCCUGGGGUUGUAGCAAAACCCCUGGGAGAAUUCAGAUCUACUGCUGACUACCACUACCAGCUAUUGAGGUGUAAUGUGGAUCUGUUAAGAAUGAUACAGCUUGGUCUCACAUUUAUGGAUGAAAAUGGUAGAACUCCACCAGGCUGCACCACGUGGCAAUUCAAUUUUAAGUUCAGCUUACAAGAAGACAUGUAUGCCCAAGACUCAAUAGAUUUGCUUAAAAAUUCUGGACUCCAAUUUAGAGAACAUGAGGAACAUGGGAUUGACCCAUUAGAAUUUGCAGAACUCCUGAUGUCUUCAGGCAUAGUGCUGAUGGACGAUAUCAGUUGGUUGACUUUUCAUUCUGGUUAUGAUUUUGGAUAUUUACUAAAAAUCCUCACUAAUCAGAAUUUGCCACAGCAAGAAAAUGACUUCUUUGAAAGUCUGAGAUUGUAUUUUCCUACUAUUUAUGAUGUCAAAUACUUGAUGCAGCUGUGUAAGAACUUAAAAGGCGGUCUACAAGAAGUAGCCGAUCAGUUGGAGUUGCGCCGGGUGGGACUACAACACCAAGCUGGUUCUGACUCACUUCUCACAGGAAUGGCCUUCUUCAAAAUCAAGGAAGUAUUCUUUGAUGGCAAUAUUGAAAGUGCUAAUGGUCACUUGUAUGGCUUGGGGGCACCAUUUGCCAACAAUGAGAACAAUUCCCAAAAUAAUGCAGAGAACAGAAAUUCACCUUAAGGAGAAAAAGCUCUGUUUUGAUUUUUUCUAUUCUUUCUAUUCAAACAAAGUAUUGGUACCUGACUAUGUGCAAAACAAAUUGUUGAGCAAAGCCUGUGAUAAUUGAGUACACUGGUAAAGGCUUAUUAGGGCAUGCAAUUUUUGUAAAUAUUUUGAAAUUCGUUUAGCUGUAAAUUUAAAGUAGUAUACAGAUUUGUUUACAAUCUACAGAAAAAAUCUUAUCGAAAUUCUUAAUUGUAGUAACAAUUUAGUCUUUUUAGACUGAAGUUUUUAAAACAAAUCUAGAACGUUAUUUGUAAUAGUAAAAUCUACCUUCUAAAAUAUUGGUGAACCUUAUAAUAUAACACGGAUGGUCUAACCGCAUGCUAACUGAGCGAGCAACCUUGGAAGGCAAAUUCAGGGCCAGUCUUGGGCCGGGGACGGCUCACGAUGUUCAAAUGUGCCUCAGCAAGUACCUAAGUAUCCCCCGCGCUAUGAACACAUGUUAAACUAAGAACUCUAUACGGUGCAACUGAUCGCUCAGUAAGUACACGGACAAACGUAAUCAGAAGUAUUCUAUUUUUGAGAUCUUCUGAUCUUUUACAAAACUCAGCAUGCCUUGAAUGAGCCCUUACAGUGUAAGACCCCAGGGCUGCCAGACACCUCUUAUUUUCUCACUAAUGAAACCCACCCAGCUGGGGAUUCACAAUAAGCAGUAUGAUUGGUACGAUUUGAAUAAGAUACGCGCUUUAAAGACAAAUACGUUGUAUGCUUUAGUUCUUAAUUUGACAGCACUUAAUUACCUAUUAUUUAAUUAUUAUCAAAUCAAUUUUAAAAAAAUAUUCUCAGGCAUCAAAAUUAUAAUUAUACCUACCUAUUAAUUAUUAUACCUACCUAUUAAUUAUUAUACUUACCUAAUUAUUAUUAUACCUAUUAAUUUAAAUUAAAAAAACAAUCGACAUCCAAAAUUUCGUGAGAAAUUAGGUAACGUCAGGCGGUCCUUGGAUCUUAAUUUUGAAAGAAAGCGUGGAGCAUUCUUGUAAUGUUUACUCUUUUGGACCAAACGCUACACGCUUUCUUUCAUCAAACUGAUUUUUUUUUGUAAUUUUCUAAAUGCGUAUUUUUUAGUUUGUAAGCUAUUUUUUUCUUUAUUAUUUUGCCCAAUUAUUUCCUAAAUGACAUAAGACAUAGCCGUAUUUCAAUCGGUUUUCAAUUGUUCGUAGGUUAAGGUUACCUUCUAGCUAAACUCAAAAGAGGGCGUUGCAAUGAAGGUUUGUAGCUGGGAUUGACUACAUGCAGUGAUGCAUACUUGCAACUCAAAGUACCUUCGAGCUUGCAUGCGUUGAUAGCGGCAUCCGCUAGAUGGCGCUGAGUGUAUCUUUGUGUGUUUAAUCAGAUGUUAGGUAAUUUGUGGAAAUCCAUGACAUAAAAUGUUUGUAAAAUUAUGUUUAAUAUUUCGGCGAGACAGUUAAUCGUGGCUUUGGGUAGUCGACACGUGUUUCGCCUCCGUAGGACAUUUUCAGGAGAUGUUGACUCGCCUAAGAAAUGGACGAGCCUCGAUUUGUCUCAAGAAAAUAAUGCUACAUAUUUUUCCAAACAUUUUGCAUUCGUACAUACAUAGUUUUCUUUUCUAAGUAGGUGCUUGAGUCUUUAUCUGCACAUUCCACAAAACAUAAUGUGCGGUUGUUGCAUGCACUUUCUUUUGUGGUUGCAUAGAUGCUGCGUGACACUCUU